UUUUUGGUCAUUUUGGGUAACGUUCUUGGUUCUUCCAAUGCCACACAUAACGAGUGACGACCCAAAAGAAGAAAUUUCUAGAGAAAAUCAGAACAUGUUAAUUAAAACUCGGCGUGAAGAAAAUAACUUUUGAAUUUUUAUUGUUUUCUUUAUAAUUCAUAGAAAAUAGAAAUCAUUAUAUUUAUGCUUUAAGCAACAUAUGAAAUCAUGAUGAAGAUGAACGUAUACAACUGGGCAAUAAAUACCCAUCAAAGAUGAAUGUGAAGACUGAAGAGAAGACUAUCAUCUCAACAAAUUCUCUCAUUUCUUAUACAUUUCAGAAUUUUGAAGAUGGAGAAUGUUGGUAAGAGAGUUUUGCUAACUUCUAAUGGGGAUGAUGUUUCUGUUAACAUAGCAUACAAUUUGGCUAAACAAGGCUGCAGGUUGGUCCUGAUGGGAAAUGAAAGCCGUUUGCAAAGUAUUGGUGAUAAGAUAGCUGAUUCUUUAAAGGAUUCAAAUGCAGUUCAAGUGGUAGGAUUGGAUAUGGAGGAUGAUAGAGAGACAAUCUUUCAUGAUGCUGUAGAUAAGGCUUGCAAUUUACUUGGAAAUUUGGAUGCUUUUGUGAAUUGCUAUGCUUAUGAAGGCAAAAUGCAAGAUCCUUUACUGAUGUCCGAAGAUGAUUUCAAGAAAAUUGUGAAGGUUAAUUUUAUGGCAGUUUGGUUUUUGGUAAAAGCUAUCGGAAAAAGAAUGCGCGAUCAAGGAACUGGGGGAUCCAUUGUACUGCUGACUUCAAUAAAUGGUGCUGAGAGAGGAAUAUACAAGGGAGCUCCUGCUUUUGGUUCAAGUUUAGCUGGAGUCAAUCAAUUAGUGAAGAUGAUGGCAAUGGAGAUCGGGAAAUACCACAUCAGAGUUAAUGGAAUCGCCCGUGGCUUGCACCUUCAAGAUGAGUAUCCAACUUCAGUGGGGAAGGAGCGGGCCAAGGAUUUGGUGAAAGAAGCAUCACCACUGCACAGAUGGCUUGAUCCAAAGAGGGAUUUGGGAUCAACAGUUACUUAUCUAAUAAGUGAUGGUUCACGUUACAUGACCGGGACUACUAUAUAUGUCGAUGGAGGUCAGUCUCUGACUAGGCCUCGGAUGCGAUCUUAUAUGUGAAUCUGCUAGCUGAAAUGGCAAGCUAGUAGUAUGAUAUGCAACAAAAACCUUAAAACUGUUGGAUCUCACUUUAUGACCGUAGAUAAAUACUCAUACAACCUGUCCUAAGAGGUAUAUUUCUAGGAGGUUUAUAUUGUUCUUUGUCAAUUCAUUAUUCGUUUGGGUGUAUAAAAAUAGAAAAACUUGCCAUUAAUAUAGACGAUCAGGUUGGUGACCCAACUUGUUGGACACUAGUUUUGGAGUAGGUGUCAUUUAUGUUAAUAUCUCAUAACAAUUCUUGGCAUUUAGAACUUUUACUGGUGCCAACUUUGAAGAAGUAAUGUAUGAUUCUUAAUGAAAGCAUAAUAUUUUCCCCAGGAACUCUACCCGCUAAA